AUGUCUCAGAAUCAGAAGAGUCCAUGUGGCACACCUGAACACCAUUCCUGCAGUGAGAUCCAGGUCUUCAAGGCUAUGGAGGACAGCUGUCCCUCCUCCUCUUAUUCUCUAAUGCCUGGUAGCCUAAAGGAUGCUCCUGCUGCUGAGACACCCAGUACUUCUGAGGGACCUCAGAGUACCUGUUUAUCUUCUGUUGUCCCUACAACCAUCUUAUUAAGCGAUUCAAGUGAAAGUUCCAGCAGCCAUGACGAAGAUAGUGUGUCCUUGUCAGAAAUGCGGGUAGAUCCUCUAGAUGGGAAGGUUGCUCUUUUGGUGCAGUUUCUGCUGCAAAAAUAUAAAAUGAAAGAGCCAAUCACAAAGGCAGAUAUGUUAGAUACUGUCAUCAAAGAGUGCAAGGAUGAUUUCCUUGAGAUCCUUAAGAGAACCUCUGAGGGUAUGGAGUUGGUCUUUGGUGUUGAUGUGAAGGAAGUUGACCCUACCAGCCACAGCUAUGCCCUUGUCAACAAACUGGGCCUCACUUUUGAUGCAAGGCUGAGUAGUGAUGAAAGUGUGCCUAAGACAAGCCUCCUAAUAAUAGUCUUGGGUGUGAUCUUUAUGAAGGGCAACCGUGCCACUGAGGAGGAAAUCUGGGAAGUGUUAAAAAUGUUGGACUUACAUUCUGGGAGGAAGCACCCCAUCUUUGGUGAGCCACGGAAACUCAUCACCAAAGAUCUGGUGCAGGAAAAGUACCUGGAAUACCAACAGGUGCCCGAUAGUGAUCCUCCAUGUUAUGAAUUUGUGUGGGGGCCAAGAGCCUAUGCUGAAACAAGCAAGAUGAAGUUGCUGGAGUUUUUGACUAAGACUCAUGAGUCUGAUUCUUCGUGCUUUCCAUUGCAUUAUCAGGAGGCUUUGAGAGAUGAAGUAGAGAGAGCCAGAGCCAGAAUUGUAACUGAGGCCAAACCUAGCAGCUCCUCCCACCCCCAGUAA